AUGGUCUUGCAUAAACAUCCUUGCAAAUACCUACAAAGUAGCGAGUACACGAACGAUGAACCACGAAGUAGCGAGUACACGAACGAUGAACCUCGAAGUAGCAAGUACACGAACGAUGAACCACGAAGUAGCAAGUACACGAACGAUGAACCACUCGCGGUAAGUAGCGAGUACACGAACGAUGAACCACUCGCGGUAAGUAGCGAGUACACGAACGAUGAACCACGAAGUAGCAAGUACACGAACGAUGAACCACUCGCGGUAAGUAGCGAGUACACGAACGAUGAACCACUCGCGGUAAGUAGCAAGUACACGAACGAUGAACCACUCGCGGUAAGUAGCGAGUACACGAACGAUGAACCACUCGCGGUAAGUAGCGAGUACACGAACGAUGAACCACUCGCGGUAAGUAGCGAGUACACGAACGAUGAACCACUCGCGGUAAGUAGCGAGUACACGAACGAUGAACCACGAAGUAGCAAGUACACGAACGAUGAACCACGAAGUAGCAAGUACACGAACGAUGAACCAAGAAGUAGCAAGUACACGAACGAUGAACCACGAAGUAGCAAGUACACGAACGAUGAACCAAGAAGUAGCAAGUACACGAACGAAGAACCAAUCGCGGUAAGUAGCGAGUACACGAACGAUGAACCACUCGCGGUAAGUAGCGAGUACACGAACGAUGAACCACGAAGUAGCAAGUACACGAACGAUGAACCACGAAGUAGCAAGUACACGAACGAUGAACCAAGAAGUAGCAAGUACACGAACGAUGAACCACGAAGUAGCAAGUACACGAACGAUGAACCACGAAGUAGCGAGUACACGAACGAUGAACCAAGAAGUAGCAAGUACACGAACGAUGAACCACGAAGUAGCGAGUACACGAACGAUGAACCACGAAGUAGCAAGUACACGAACGAUGAACCACGAAGUAGCAAGUACACGAACGAUGAACCAAGAAGUAGCAAGUACACGAACGAUGAACCAAGAAGUAGCAAGUACACGAACGAUGAACCACGAAGUAGCGAGUACACGAACGAUGAACCACGAAGUAGCAAGUACACGAACGAUGAACCACGAAGUAGCGAGUACACGAACGAUGAACCACGAAGUAGCAAGUACACGAACGAUGAACCAAGAAGUAGCAAGUACACGAACGAUGAACCACGAAGUAGCAAGUACACGAACGAUGAACCAAGAAGUAGCAAGUACACGAACGAUGAACCAAGAAGUAGCAAGUACACGAACGAUGAACCACGAAGUAGCAAGUACACGAACGAUGAACCAAGAAGUAGCAAGUACACGAACGAUGAACCACGAAGUAGCAAGUACACGAACGAUGAACCAAGAAGUAGCAAGUACACGAACGAUGAACCACGAAGUAGCGAGUACACGAACGAUGAACCACGAAGUAGCAAGUACACGAACGAUGAACCACGAAGUAGCAAGUACACGAACGAUGAACCACGAAGUAGCAAGUACACGAACGAUGAACCACGAAGUAGCAAGUACACGAACGAUGAACCACGAAGUAGCGAGUACACGAACGAUGAACCACGAAGUAGCAAGUACACGAACGAUGAACCAAGAAGUAGCAAGUACACGAACGAUGAACCAAGAAGUAGCAAGUACACGAACGAUGAACCACGAAGUAGCGAGUACACGAACGAUGAACCACGAAGUAGCAAGUACACGAACGAUGAACCACGAAGUAGCGAGUACACGAACGAUGAACCACGAAGUAGCAAGUACACGAACGAUGAACCAAGAAGUAGCAAGUACACGAACGAUGAACCACGAAGUAGCAAGUACACGAACGAUGAACCACGAAGUAGCAAGUACACGAACGAUGAACCAAGAAGUAGCAAGUACACGAACGAUGAACCACGAAGUAGCAAGUACACGAACGAUGAACCAAGAAGUAGCAAGUACACGAACGAUGAACCAAGAAGUAGCAAGUACACGAACGAUGAACCACGAAGUAGCGAGUACACGAACGAUGAACCACGAAGUAGCAAGUACACGAACGAUGAACCACGAAGUAGCAAGUACACGAACGAUGAACCAAGAAGUAGCAAGUACACGAACGAUGAACCAAGAAGUAGCAAGUACACGAACGAUGAACCACGAAGUAGCGAGUACACGAACGAUGAACCACGAAGUAGCAAGUACACGAACGAUGAACCACGAAGUAGCGAGUACACGAACGAUGAACCACGAAGUAGCAAGUACACGAACGAUGAACCAAGAAGUAGCAAGUACACGAACGAUGAACCACGAAGUAGCAAGUACACGAACGAUGAACCAAGAAGUAGCAAGUACACGAACGAUGAACCAAGAAGUAGCAAGUACACGAACGAUGAACCACGAAGUAGCGAGUACACGAACGAUGAACCACGAAGUAGCAAGUACACGAACGAUGAACCAAGAAGUAGCAAGUACACGAACGAUGAACCAAGAAGUAGCAAGUACACGAACGAUGAACCACGAAGUAGCGAGUACACGAACGAUGAACCACGAAGUAGCAAGUACACGAACGAUGAACCACGAAGUAGCAAGUACACGAACGAUGAACCACGAAGUAGCAAGUACACGAACGAUGAACCACGAAGUAGCAAGUACACGAACGAUGAACCACGAAGUAGCGAGUACACGAACGAUGAACCACGAAGUAGCAAGUACACGAACGAUGAACCACGAAGUAGCAAGUACACGAACGAUGAACCACGAAGUAGCAAGUACACGAACGAUGAACCACGAAGUAGCAAGUACACGAACGAUGAACCACGAAGUAGCAAGUACACGAACGAUGAACCAAGAAGUAGCAAGUACACGAACGAUGAACCAAGAAGUAGCAAGUACACGAACGAUGAACCACGAAGUAGCGAGUACACGAACGAUGAACCAUGA